AUGGUGUUCUGCGGGAAGCCAAGCAAAGGGUGCUCUGUGUGCCGGAAACGUAAGAUUCGGUGCGAUCAGAGAGUACCGGGCUGUGGCCAGUGUCAGAAGCGAAAAGAGGAGUGCCCUGGGUACAGAAACCUUGUCGAUCUGAUGUUCCGAGAUGAGAGUGAUCAUGUUCGGAACAAAGCCGAGGAAAAGGCUCGAAGACGGCGUCGUCUCUCUGUUAAGACGCCCAGUUCUCCCAGUGAUCCGAGAUGCUCAAUAACACCAGAACGCCGACAAACAUCACCAUCGUCACUCGUUCCAAGUCCCCAGAGGCCCAUGAGCUCGACACCUGAAGCUGCUUGGUCGGACGAUGACGACAGUAUACCGAUGUCGCCCGAUUCGGGAAGCUGGCCAGUUACCCCGCCAGUUGCCCUCUUGUAUGACCUUUCCCCAAGUUGUCGACAGCAAGGCAUUGCCUAUUUCUUCUCACGAUAUGUAUCUGUCGAAGAGACGACAUGUCACCACAACUUCAGUUUCGUCUUUGACAUAUGGAAGCCCACAUCGAUGGCCCACGACCGGCAUGUUGACGGCGUCCUUGCCAGUAUGACUGCCGUGGGAUUGGUUGGUCUCGCAGGCGUCACUCGCUCGCCAGAUAUGAUGGAAGCCGCUUGGAAAUCUUACGGGACCGCUCUUCGAUUAACAAAUCACGCUCUGGAGACACCUAUCGAAGCUGUCAAAGACACUACGAUGCUCUCGGUGCUUAUUCUUGGCCUUUUUGAGCUGAUAGCCGAGCAUCCAUCCCACAUGCGGACUGUUGAAGCUUUCCAAGAACACGUUAACGGCGCAGUAGCUCUUGCAAAACUUCGAGGACCCGCGCAGUUUGAAACAAAAGGAGGGGUCAAAAUGUUCUCGAUGCUUUGCCAACGGGUUGUGUUGAGCUGUUUGCAGUCGAGAGAGCCCAUGCCAAUGCCGCAACCACUGAUUGACUUAUGGCAUGCAAUGCCUCAACCAAUUCAACUGAAGGGCUUCGGAUGCCUUACGCUCUCGGCGCUACCACUCAUGCACAACUUCUUGCAAGUGCGUGCCGACAUCCUGAAUGGGGCCCUGGUAGACUCAGAUAACAUCCUAGCGCAUCUUUUCAGCAUUGAUGAGCGAUUUGAACAACUGUCGGCCCAAUUCUCUCCAGAUCUACCGUACAAAACCUUCCGACUGACGAGACACCAUCCAGCGGUGCUGAAUGGAGUCUGCAAUGUCUACUCCACACUAUGGGAUACUACGCUGUGGAACAGUCUCCGUAUGCUCAGGAUGGUUUUGUUGGAGACGAUCAUCUGUGAGAUCCAACAGCUUUCACGGAGACUCUGCCUAAAGCCAACAUCCGGUCCUUAUGCAGACCAGUUCAAAGGCGCAAAGCGCAAGUUGAAGGAAAUCCUGGAGGCGAUAUGCGGCAGUGUACCCCAAUUGCUUGGGCUCGUGGAUCCCGCAGACGGUAGUGUCGACAAUCCAUGUUCAACGCCAAUAUCGAGUGUCGAAGUCCGCGAAACCCCCAGCCCACCAACAUCCCCAUCAGCCCGGUCAUCCGAUUCCGGCGGCAGCAGCCAGAGUCCCAUGGACCCGGCUAGGGCUCAAUGCGCGAGCCUCACCAUCCUUCACCCGGUAACACCCGCUUCAACAGACGCAGAAGAGGAGGCUAGCCGCUUUGUGCUUUUAGUAUCAGCGACGAGCCCGGUGGUCUGGCCCUUAUACAUGGUCGGGAUGUCAUCGGUAUGUAACGGGCAGGUGAAGAGCUACGUUGUGGGCAGGCUACGCACACUUUAUAUGGAGACGGGUGUCAAGCAAGCAGAUGCCGUGGCCAACCUGCUUGAAGAACAUGAGAUCGCCGAUGGGGAGGAGGAUAGAAAUGAGAAUAGGGCAGAAGAACAUGCGCAAUGGUUGCCAGGACUGGGAAUAGGACGGGAUUGGAUGAGUACGGGUCGAAUGGAGGAAACACCGCUGUAUUUGAGGGUGGUGCAGCAACAACAUGAGCUGUUCCAUCUUGGUGGGCCGGUAAUGAUGGAGGAUGGGAAAGGAAUGAUUGAUCCCCAGCUGAUGUGACAUUUGGAGAUAUGCAAACUUGGAUGCAAAGGUACAACACGGAUUGAAGAAAUUAGAUAGCAAUCCAACACUGGUUUGGUUGUUAGCUCGAGACCUCGAGU